GCACCGAGUGUGAGCUGUUUCAAGACCAGACUUGACCAACACUGGAGCAGGUUCAGAGGUUUAACGGAAUCCACAAUGGACGAGAGAGAUAAAGAGGUCCUCGGCCAGCACCAGGAGACCAUCGCCAGGGAGGUGGUGGACGCGGGCAGAACAGCGGACCUCAUAUACGAACUGAAAACAAUGGGCGUCAUACCUGGCUCAGUAGCCGAUACUUUACAGAGACAGGAGACCACCAAGACCAUGAAGGUGCGGUCUCUACUCAAUUACCUGAAGAAGUGUGAGGCGGGGUCCUUCACGAGCUUCCUGGAGGUGCUGCUGAAGCUAGGACUGGCUCCCCUGGUCAAGAUGGUCGACCUGCCCACCUACGAGAGACACAGGGGCAGCAUGAGCGGAGAAAGUGACGAGCUGGACGACCUUCAGCGUUUACCUCACAUCCACAACGGUCAGCGCUGUCCUCCCCUCCCCCGCCCUCCUACCCUAGACCUGGAGAGAUGUCCUCAAGCUUCUGAUAACGGGAGCGCCGACAACAACAACCCAGAACUGCCGCUGAAAAUAGUAGUUGUACCCUAUAGGGAGGUGGGCGGCCGUGACCUGUCCCCCUCGGAGGUGUACAGGAACCUCACAAUGCCUCGGGGACUAGUCUUCCUGGCCAACUAUAAGAACUUUCAUGAUGACGAACACGCCAUUCGCAUCGGCUCGGAAACCGACGUCAAGAAUCUGUCGCUCCUGUUUACACAAAUGGGUUAUAAGAUACCCAAACAACACAUGAAUUUGACCAAAUAUGAGACGAUACAGGCGUUGAGAGAAUUCAAGUCUCUGCCGGAACUGUCGCAGGUAGAUUCGUGCGUAGUGAUCGUCAUGAGCCACGGACACGACCACAAGUCCUUCUACACGUCCGACAACCAGUACCUGACGGUGAACGAUGUGGUCGAGGUGUUCAAUAAUAAGUCGUGCCCGGCCCUCAUUGGAAAGCCUAAGAUAUUCAUUUUCCAGUAUUGCAGGGGUACGGGACCAGACGUGGGCGCGGAACUAAACCCUCGUCGGGUUGUCAACAAGCGAGGAAUGCCCGUCUUUUGUGAUUCUGCAAACCAGGGCGAAGUUAUUAUACACAGAGACCCAACUUAUACAGACAUGUGUAUCCUGUACUCCACUGUUGAAGGUUUCGUGUCGUUUCGUCAUCCUAAACUGGGGUCCUGGUUAAUGGAGGCCAUCUGCCACGUGUUCAUGAACCAUGCUUGUAAUGAGGACCUCGAUGCUCUCAUGAAGAAGGUCUCUCGCAGGGUGAGGCGGAACCACACGGACGACGGGAGCAAGCAGGCGUGCGAGUUCGUGCAGCGAGCCUUCGAUCGAGUCUUCUACUUCAACCCCGAGCCACUGAACACCAUGGGACUCUCAAACAUGCACGCGUUAUCCAGGGUUUUGUCAGAGUCCACCGGUAGUCUGGAUGGAACUAUGUCGCCCGUGACUCUCUCUCCAACGUAUCGCCGUCGCGUGAAGACGAGGUACAGGCCGCGGGGGAGUACGCCCGAACCCCCCACCAUCGAUAAUUAUUUUUAUCAGAAUCGACGGAGAAACUUGAGCGGAGCGAGCAAUGCCUCCGAGAGAAGCCUGGAUGAACUAGACCCCCUGGACUUAUGCCCUCAAAAUGCGGCUCUUCACCCCCGAGUACGUAGCCUGAGUGCCACUCGUACCCAUAGACGCAUCUCCCUGCCUGACCCCACCAGCCUCCACCACCACCAGCCUGCGUACCUCAACCACAACGAGCACUUCAACUUUUCGUUCAGCGAGCACGUGCAGGGGUCGAGGGGAACAACGCCCGACCCCUUUGAAAGCCCCGUACACAAUGGCUCCGGGAAUGUUUUUCUUCACAUCUCUGAAGCUGAACUGGAGAGCCCGGUGGAAGGUUCAUAUGACUCGGUGGACAACGUGGGACUGGUAGCCGGUGCGGUGGGGGGGGCGGCGGCGGCGGCACUGUACCCCGGCGCCGAGGGGGAAACUCACGGUCAAAACCCCAAUGUUUACUCUACCUCGUGGGGGAAGGAGGAGCCCGGGACAGAGCAACAAGGGAGGGUUAUAUGCCACUCCCAAAGUAGCACGACCUUUAAGGAGUACGAGGACGACGAAAUGAGGGAGUCGAGGUCCUUCAAGAGACAGCUGUCCGUUCCGUCCAAUCAGGAGACACUUCAGAAAAUCAACGACGUGCGGAAGUAUUUACAGGUACAUGACUCAGACCCCCAGUUGUUGAAGCCAUUACUGAGGAUUGAGAGUUUCGUUAAUAAGAAGAAAUACGAGGGAAAGAGGAGAAAGAAAGACGAUUCUGAUUCAGUGUGAUAGAUUCUUUUAUACGCACGAGGCGCUCUUGGGAGGAGGAAUAUCUCACGUGUGUUUUUCUGAAAUUAAUUGUCUGCUUAACUCCCUCACCGCCAUGUUGAGUCCGUCGUCCACUCGCCGGGCGUAACGAUGUAGUUUACGCCACGAGACUGUUUAUAGUUUUAAUCUAUAUCUCGCCUGAAGAUUACCACACCCCCUACCUUCUCCUCAGAUAGUUUCAUAGUGGUUAAGGUGAGGGAGGUGAAUUCAGGUGAGUAUUUUUGGGAUGGGGGGAGGGCUAUAAUCUUCAGGUGAUCCACGACUGUUUAAAUCAGUAAAGGUUUUAUCUGUAGUCUCAGUGGCGAGUUAUAGUGGUGGCGGUGAAGGUGUCUAUGUGCUGAUGAUGACAGUCUGGACGUGCCUGCACCAUCCCUUGUGUAGGACGGGAGUUGGGCAUCACAUAAGGGUAGGGACUCAGGCAUCAGAGAAGGAGGCAUCACACGCAAGAAAUUAAAGCGAGUCCAGGCUUCACUAAGGACAAGCCAGGGCAGUGUGUGUGUGUCUUUGUUCUCAUUGGUUGGAUGUGGUAGGCAGUAGGUAGUAGGCAGCUACCAAACAGAGAGGU